CGGCCGCGGCACACGCGAAACGGCAGAAGCAUCCCUCGUCUCCACGCACCCCAAACUACUCCGCAAUUCCCCAACCCCGAAGGAAGCGACGUCCCCUAGAGCACGAGCACGACCUGGCCGCACCGUGCCGUCUCACGGAGCCCGCCCGUCUAGAAGCUUCGUCGCCGCCCGCCCGCCCGCCCGCGCCGUCGCACGCCGCCCUAGGGUUCCGCCGGCGCGGGGGGUUCGCCGGAGAUGGACUGGAGCGCGGUGACGGCGGAGGACCUGGUGGACGCGCUGCGGGAGGUGGACUGGUCCACGCCGCCGCGGCCCGUCCCGGAGUUCUUCUCCCGCUUCACCGUCCCCCGCUCCUACUCCAAGUGGACCAGCCGCCUCAAGUGCAACCUCUACUACUACAGGACAAACUAUUUCAUCUUGAUCAUGUUCAUCCUUGGGAUUGGCUUCCUUUGGAAACCGGUUGCAAUCCUUGCAGCCUUUAUGACUGGACUCAGCAUUGCAUUUCUCAAUGACAGUUUCGCGGUCACUUUCAAUGAGAAAGUCACAAGGACAGUGAGACAAUUUUCACCACAUUUAGCUGCAAAGAUGAGGCCACCAAUAACCCCUGUUCUCCGUGGUCGACCAAGCUCAAAGAGAUCUAUUCAUAUUUGUGGGCGACCUCGAUGGGUGUUUGUUCUAUUCUUUUCUGCAGGUCUGCAAAAACUGGACUUUGUAAAUGCUAUAUUUUAUCAUUCUUCAAAACUGACACCAAUUGUUUUUGUGGUUGCAGUUAGCUGUAUACUCUGGUUGACCUCAUGCAGUCUUCUCACAGUCCUCUGGGCACUUCUCAUUGCUCUAUUUGCAACUGUGCUUCAUGCAAGCUUCAGAACACCUAAUUUGAAAGCACGUCUGAAUACAUUCAGAGAGGAAUUCCGAGCUGUUUGGAGGAAUUACAGCGAGCUUUAAGACCUCCUUUGUUUCUCUCAUGUUCCUGUGGUAAGAAAAGGUUUGUCUUGCUGGAACAUCCAUGCUGUUUGUGUGCUGUGCUGGGAGAAUUAGAUGAAGGUGAUACGCCAUUGCACAUUACUACGUGGAUUGCUUGCUCUUUUGGGAGGUGGAUUUGGGUCAGGUUGAUUCAGUAGGCGAUGCUAUACCUUAGCAUACGAUCCUCCUGAACAAUAAUUUUUCUUUCAGACUUCUCCCUAACUGAGCAUUUGAGAAAUGACAGCAUGUAAAGGAUGUAAAAAUGUACCCUGAUCUCAAUCAAAUGAUUCAAACCCAAUGUUGUUUGUUGAAAUGACUGAUUCGCUUUACAUUCUCUUUCGGAUCA